ACACCCCAGCCUUCCCAGGAGCUGGUACAUCGGUCUGACUCACAUAUGCCGUGCUGUCAGGUAAUACGUCGAUUUACUUUUGUGAUUCUGUAUAUUUCUUUUUUCCAGAGAAGAACAACUUAAAGAAUCGAGAUGUUGAUCCACUUGAGGAUAUUUGGAAUGCAUCCUCGGAAAAUACCCAGUCUGCACUCUAAGAAUGUAUGCUCCUGUAAAGUAAGAGCACUUAUAAGGAGAUUAAAACCACCGGUGCCUCUUGGAAGAAAUUACAGCUCCCCACCAGGCUUAAUAGGAAAUGAUAUCAAAUCCCUCCAUUCCAUCAUCAAUCCUCCCAUAGCUAAAAUCCGUAAUAUUGGCAUUAUGGCUCAUAUUGAUGCAGGCAAAACUACCACGACAGAAAGAAUAUUGUACUAUUCUGGAUACACAAGAUCACUAGGAGAUGUUGAUGAUGGAGACACAGUGACAGAUUUCAUGGCUCAAGAGCGUGAAAGAGGCAUUACUAUUCAAUCAGCUGCUGUUACAUUUGAUUGGAAGGGGUAUAGAGUCAAUCUGAUUGACACACCAGGUCAUGUGGACUUUACCUUGGAGGUUGAACGCUGUCUAAGAGUGUUGGAUGGUGCGGUAGCUGUGUUUGAUGCCUCUGCUGGUGUAGAGGCUCAAACUCUCACAGUAUGGAGGCAAGCUGAUAAGCACAAGAUACCUCGAAUCUGUUUUUUAAACAAGAUGGACAAAACUGGAGCAAGUUUUAGCUAUGCAGUCGAAAGCAUCAAAGAGAAGCUAAAGGCAAAGCCUUUGCUUUUACAGUUGCCAGUUGGUGAAGCCAGAACUUUCAAAGGAGUGGUGGAUGUCGUAAGUAAAGAAAAACUACUGUGGACUCUCAACUCAGAUGACGGAAAAGACUUUGAGAGGAAACCCCUGUUGGAAACGAGUGAUCCUGAAUUGCUGAAGGAGACAUCUGAAGCAAGGAAUGCCUUAAUUGAACAAGUUGCAGAUUUGGAUGAUGAGUUUGCUGGCUUGGUUUUAGGAGAAUUUAGUGAAAAUUUUGAUUUGCUACCAGCUGAAAAGCUACAGGCUGCAAUACACAGAGUAACACUGGCCCAGACAGCAGUGCCUGUGCUUUGUGGAAGUGCCCUAAAAAACAAAGGUGUACAGCCCUUGUUAGAUGCUAUUACCAUGUACUUACCUUCACCUGAAGAGCGCAACUAUGAAUUUCUACAGUGGUACAAGGGUGACCUGUGUGCACUGGCGUUUAAAGUUCUCCAUGACAAGCAGCGAGGACCACUGGUUUUUAUGCGCAUUUACUCAGGCACAAUAAAACCCCAGUCAGCCAUCCAUAAUAUUAAUGGAAACUGCACGGAAAGAAUAAGUCGUUUGCUUUUGCCAUUUGCUGACCAACAGAUAGAAAUCCCUUCACUGACUGCUGGUAACAUUGCUUUGACUGUUGGGCUUAAACAUACUGCCACUGGAGACACCAUUGUCUCAUCCAAGUCCAGCGCAUUAGCUGCAGCUCGCAGAGCCGAAAGGGAGGGAGAAAAGCACAGACAAAACAGUGAGGCAGAGAGACUUUUCCUGGCUGGAGUGGAGGUUCCAGAUCCUGUUUUCUUCUGUACCAUAGAACCCCCAUCAGUGGCUAAGCAGCCAGGUAUAAACAGUCUUGGCAUAGCAACUAAUUAGUGAUCUGAUAAUUUAUGUAAAAUAGUUACACUACACCCUCAAAAGUUUCUUAAGUGAUUGAGUUAAAUUUUAAUCUGAAUUUAUUGGUAAGCAUU